ACUUCUGAUCUUGUUUCUCCCUCGGUUCCUUCCAUCCCACCCCUCAGUGCCGGGGGCUCAUGUCGGACGAGUGCGGGCGGACUGCAGCCCUGGCGGCUGGAAGGACUCGGAAAAGCCCCGGAGAAGACGGACUGGUGAGCCCCGAGGGAGCUGGGGACGAGGACUCCUGCUCCUCCUCGGCCCCGCUGUCCCCUUCGUCCUCGCCCCAGUCCAUGGCCUCGGGCUCCGGCUGCCCCCCUGGCAAGUGUGUAUGCAACAGCUGCGGCCUGGAGAUCGUGGACAAAUACCUUCUCAAGGUGAAUGACUUGUGCUGGCAUGUCCGGUGUCUUUCCUGCAGUGUCUGCAGAACCUCCUUAGGAAGACACACCAGCUGUUAUAUUAAAGACAAAGACAUUUUCUGCAAACUCGAUUAUUUCAGAAGGUAUGGAGCUCGCUGCUCUCGAUGUGGGAGGCACAUCCAUUCUACUGACUGGGUCCGAAGAGCCAAGGGAAAUGUUUAUCACUUGGCGUGCUUUGCCUGCUUUUCUUGCAAAAGGCAACUUUCCACCGGAGAGGAGUUUGCAUUGGUGGAAGAGAAAGUCCUCUGCAGGGUGCAUUAUGACUGCAUGCUGGAUAAUUUAAAAAGAGAAGUGGAAAAUGGUAAUGGGAUUAGUGUGGAAGGUGCCCUCCUCACAGAACAAGAUGUCAAUCAUCCAAAACCAGCAAAAAGAGCUCGCACAAGCUUUACAGCAGAUCAACUCCAGGUCAUGCAAGCACAAUUUGCUCAGGACAACAACCCAGAUGCACAGACCCUCCAGAAACUGGCAGAGAGGACAGGCUUGAGCAGACGUGUGAUACAGGUGUGGUUUCAGAACUGUAGAGCACGCCACAAGAAGCAUGUGAGUCCCAAUCACUCUUCCUCAGCCCCAGUCACUGCAGUCCCGCCCUCCAGGCUGUCUCCACCCAUGUUAGAAGAAAUGGCGUAUUCUGCCUACGUGCCCCAAGAUGGGACGAUGCUAACUGCGCUGCAUAGUUACAUGGAUGCUCAUUCACCAACAACUCUUGGACUCCAGCCUUUGUUACCCCAUUCAAUGACACAACUGCCAAUAAGUCAUACCUAAUUUCUUUUUUCAGGGAUAGAAAUGAUUAAGGAUGUAACUUGUCAUUUAUUAUGUAUAAAAUAUCAUUGAAAAGAUAUUAAUGUUAAUUUUUUUAUUUAACACCAAAAGCAUUUCCAACAUCACUUUGCUGCCCAGGUAUGUAUCUAUAGUUGGCCUGCAAGACACUUUUAUUCUUCAUUUUUUUUUUUUUUU